CUUUUGGCCUACUACAAGCGAGCCCACCUGGCACCGCCACCGCCACCGAGUGGCGGCAUGCUGGCCUCCACCUCCACAUCCACCUAUGGGAGCUCCCAGGAGCGAGAGUAUCAUUUGCAUGAUGCAUCCGGGCUCGAUUUCGACGAGCUAACGCCCACCGUCAGUGUGGUGUCCGCACUGAGUCGAGCGGAGCGGUUGCGUAAGCGCAGCGCCACACCAACAACACCAGCCACAACGGUUGCUGCCACAACAUCGGCAUCGGUUGCAGCAUCGGGAGCAGGUGCAACAUCAUCGACGAAGUCUGGUGGCAGUGAGGAGGGAAAGCCGGAGGAGAAGUGCGAGCCUAAAGUCCUGGAAACGCAGCCAGAUGAACCGUUUUACGACUUUACUGACAUCGCCGAGGAUGCCGCCCGGCAGUUUAUUGAAUUUUUAUCGAAUAAAUUCCCGAAUGCCAAUACACCGAUUACCAUCGAUGAGCCGACACGUGCGGAGGUGAGUCGCAAAGCGAAUGGAAUUGCCAGCUAUGCCCUCAACGAGGAUGACAAUCUCCUGGCCUUUGCCAUUGCCGCUCCCAGCAUUCACACGGUGGUCGUUAAAUUCAGGGAUAAUGUUACGAUACCACCGGAUCAGGUGCAUAAUAAGGCGUAUUUGGGAUCCUAUUGGAGGGAGUUGGGUGCGGCCUGGAACAGCACGGAUGGCACGCAGGAAUGGGGAGCUCCCUUUCGCGACUGCAACCUGUUGACGCGUCGCUGGCUUUGGCCUUUUCGCAUAUCCUUCAGCGAGCAUAGAAUCAAAAUUGUGGCUGCUGCUUUUAUAGCCGCCGAUGAGGAUGUGUGCAAUGAUGGCCUGGAGGAAGUUUUCGGUCGUCGUCAUGGUUGCGAUCGAAAUACAACAUUUUGCCUGCUCACUGAGAAUAAACCAGCUGCCACAAGAGAUGUUUAUACCUGUCUAUGCCGGGAAUCCUAUUAUUUGCCCAAUUCUACUCUGCAAGGAUUCCGUGGCGAUAUGGUGGAGCUGUCCGAGGGCUAUGACAACUACUCUUGCAUACCCUGUCCUGGGGGAUGCUCGAACUGCGAUAACAAUGGCGUGUGCUUGACCUAUCAGGAGGAGGAGGUGCUCAAUAUGGACGCUUGCCUGCGGCUCCUGGUGGCCAUUGUCCUGGGCGCCUGCAUCCUAUGCUGUGUGGUUCUCAGUGUGAUUGUGUUCAGGCAAAGGAAGUGCAAGGCCAUUGCUUCGGGCAUGUGGACUGUGCUGGAGACGAUACUGCUGGGCAUUGUUUUACUUUAUGCAUCCGUUGCCGUCCAUUUCUUUCCCGCCUCCACGGAACGUUGCCUCCUGGAGCCUUGGCUUCGCGAACUGGGCUUCAUCACCUGUUAUGGCGCCAUUAUCCUGAAGCUAUAUCGCCAUUUGGUGGACUUUCGCACCAGGAAGGCUCAUCGCUGGGUUCUGCGCGAUGUGGACCUGCUCAAGUAUCUGGGAACGAUGGUGUUUGCCGUCAUCUGCUAUAUGGCCGCCUUUACGGCCUCCUCGCUGGAUCUGCUGGAGAGUGCCCAGCUGGAGAGUCUGCGGGAGGCGGACACCAAUACCUGCCAUCCGCUCAAGUGGGAGCUGGUCACGCAGACCAGCGAGAUGCUCAUCCUAUGCUUUGGACUCCAUCUGUCCAUAGCCAGCCGGAAUGCCAAUACUCAGUUUCGGGAAAGGCAAUUCCUGGUGACCGCUUUGACGCUGGAGUUCCUGGUCUCAUCGAGCUUCUACUUCCUGCGCUUCGUCUACCUGCCGGAAAUGAGUCCCAGCGCCAUUUUGCUGGCUCUAUUUGUGCGCUCACAGUUGACGAACAGCUUCGCCUUGGGUCUGAUAUUUGUGCCAAAGUUGUGGUAUCAGCACAAGCAGGGUACCUCGCACGAUGCCGGCCAGCGGCUGGGCGGUGGCUAUGCCGGCCUCUGUCUGGGCGAUCCGGACAUUGGGGAGCUGACCAUAUCCGAAAUGAGUCCCGAGGACAUACGUGCCGAACUCAAAAGACUGUACACGCAACUGGAGAUACUGAAAAACAAGACCCUGCGGCAGGAUAAUCCGCACAUCAGUAAGCGACGGGGCGGACGCAAGGCGGGUCAUCGUCGCUUCUCCUUGCAGAAAAAGGGCAGCAAGGAUAAGGCUCUAAGUGCCAAACAUCGCAGCAACAAGCAUCACCAGGACAUUGAGAUCACCGAGGCGGAGCCAUCGCGCACGCCCGAGGACUCGGUGUGCAGCGCCGAAGGACCCACGGAUACCUAUGCGGAAAUCUCUGGUGUGUCCCACUCAAUGCUCUCCCACUCGAUGGUCUCCCACUCCGUUGUCUCGCACUCAAAGUAAGGAUACUCGCGCAGGAUGCUUGCUCGUUAAAGCUUAAGUAAUAUCGAUCGAUCGGAGAGAGAGUGUUAUUUGUACAUAAGUAUUAAGUACGAUGCAUGUUGCUCUAUGUAGAUAAUAUAUAAUAUAUGUAUGUAUAUGUGUGCGCGAGGGUUAGUUAUUAUAUUAAAAUAUAGUGGCAACAAUACAAACAAUAAAAGAAUUACUUUAAUUUCGCAAUGAAAGAAAAAUAUGAAGGCAGAAAAGCAAACACAAAA